AUGUUGGGAGUGUGCGCCAGUGGCCUCCUCAUCUACAGAGACAGACUGAGAAUCAACCGUUUUGCGUGGCCCAAGAUCCUCAAAAUCUCCUACAAGAGGAACAACUUCUACAUCAAAAUCAGACCAGGAGAUGCUGACAUGUUGAUUUGUUUUCAGUUUGAGCAGUUCGAAAGCACCAUCGGAUUCAAGCUCCCAAAUCACAGAGCAGCUAAGAGACUAUGGAAAGUCUGCGUGGAGCAUCAUACAUUCUUCAGACUGGUGUCUCCUGAAGCUCCUCCAAAGAAGUUCAUGAGUCUGGGCUCAAAGUUCCGCUACAGCGGCAGGACCCAGGCGCAGACGAGACGAGCCAGUUCUCAGAUCAUCAGACCUGCUCCGCUCUUUGAGAGAUCCUCCAGCAAGAGAUACAACAUGUCCCGCAGCCUGGACGGAGCUCCCAUCUCAGAGAAUCACGAAUCUCUGAUGAAAGAUGGCAGUGCUGGAGUUGUAGUUAAGGGCGACAGUAUCAUCACCACAGUAACCUCAGAGAAGGACGAAGAGCGGUCCGAGCAGGAAGACCAGGUCCAGACCAAAGUCCAGACCACCGAGGCCUCAGAGGCAGCGACAGUCCGGCCUGACACAAAGUGCUCUUCCCAUCAGUACAAUGUGCUCUCCCUCCCCUCGUCCCCAGUUGUAUCCAACAAACUCCGCCGCCGACGCAGGGAACCCGCAAGAAAGCGUGCGUCGUCCGUGAGCCCGGCCAAAACCGGGGAAAGCCGCAAGCGUAGGCAAGCCAAAGCCGACCGCAAAGCUGCGCUGCUGCAAGAACAAGCGCUUUUGCUUUCCGCGCGUAAACAGCGUCUCGAAUCUAAGCCACGGGGAGGUACCCUCUUUUCGUUCUCCCUGCACCUGCCCGACAUGUCCUCCAUUUUGGACGAAGACGGCUACCUCACAUUCCCGGAUUUGACGGAGAUGCGUUUCUUGCCGGAGUGCGCGCAGAACUUCGUGCCCAUCAAGUCGCCAUCUCUCAUCCCGUGCUUUCUCUUCAUCUUCUUCUUCCUGCUGUCCACCUCUUUCUCUGUGCCAUACGCCCUCACGCUGUCAUUCCCCUUGGCGCUGUGUCUUUGCUACCUGGAGCCCAAAGCUGCCACCCUGACCACCUGCAUAGCUCAGGAAUACACUGACCAUGACAGUUCAGAGGAAGAGGAGUCGGAGGUGGAUGAGGACUCUGAGAUGCGUACACAGUACAGUUUCAUAAGACGCGUAAAAGGAGAGAACGUUUUUAUCAGACACAGCAAUCUGAUGCUGGAGGACAGCUCCACCCCCGCAGAGGUGGUGAAGCAUCAGACCAACAUCAGCGAACUGAAAAGAUCCUUCCUGGAGACGGGCGCCACCUCCCCGGGCCUGAGCGAGUGGGACCGACGCCUCACGUCCUCCCCCAAACCUGAAGAAGCGCCCAUGAUAGAACCACUGGAGCUGCAGGAUACUCCGGAUGAGCUGACAAAGGAGGAACCCAAAACCAUUGAGGCAACAGGUUAUCUGGUCAAAUGCAUCGCAGACAGUUUGGUUACAGAAGGGCAGACUUCCUCCGGCCCGCAGGGCAUCAGCCUUUCCACCACGAUGGAAGACGACGUAUUCCUGGAUGGCACGCUGCGGGAGGCCGACUGUAAGACUCCGGAUUCCGCGGCUUCAGAAAAGUCCAUGGCCCGGCUCAGUCCUGGAGCAUCCACUCUGGGAAUCCUCUCUUCUUCAAAGACGUCACCGGUUGUAGAAGACAAGACCGAAGUAGCAACAGAGGCAAAUCCAGAUCAAGCCGAACCCACAAGUCCAACGACUGUUGAAAACGGUACGAGCACCAAAGAGAUGCCUCCUGUGGUCCACACAGAGACAAAAACCAUCACCUACGAGUCUGGGGAGGUAAGACUAAAUAGAUGA